CAUGCAUCUUUCCCUGAGUUUCGGUAAUAAAAUAGUCCGUCCAUUUACCUGAUUGCACUUUUCUGGUAGCAGCGCAUACACUAGCCUGAAAAACUGAAGAAACGGUGACAUUAUGGAGUGGAUUUGGAGCAUUUUAAUAUUUUUGUGUCUUUUUCUGCUCUUCAGUAAUAUUUUGAAGGGCAAAGCGCCAAAAAACUUUCCUCCUGAACCGUGGCCUCUUCCGUUUUUAGGACAUGUUUUCAGGAUCAGACCUGACAGAGUUCACCUGCAGUUCAGAGAGUUUGCAGAGAAAUAUGGAAACAUAUUUGCCCUUCGGCUCUUAGGUCAUAGAAUUGUGGUCAUAACGAGCUACAAGUUUGUGAAGGAAGCUCUGGUCCAGCAAGGAGAGGACUUCGCAGAUCGUCCCACCGUACCAUUGUUUGAAGUCAUAUUUGGAAAUGAAGGUCUUGUCAGUUCAAAUGGUUAUCCAUGGAAGCAGCAGAGAAGGUUUGCUCUUCAUACACUCAGAAACUUUGGUCUGGGCAGGAAAACCCUGGAGUUAUACAUCCAGCAAGAGUGCCAGUAUGUGACAGAGGCUUUCGCAGAGCACCAGGGAAAGGCCUUUAAUGCCCAACCACUGAUAAGCAACGCUGUGUCAAACAUCAUCUACUGUUUGGUGUUUGGGAAUCGAUCUGAGUACACUGACAGCCAUUACCAGUCCAUUAUUCAUAAAUUCAGUGAAAUUUUGCACUUACAGGAAACCAUGAUAACACAGUUGUACAACAUAAUGCCCUGGCUGAUUAAGUGGCUGCCUGGACCUCAUCAGAAGAUGUUCACUCUGGUGAAAGAGAUUAAUGACUUCAUAGAAAUCAGGAUCCAAGAGCACAAAGAAAACCUUAACCCAGCAUUGCCAAGAGACUAUAUUGAUGCAUUUCUGAUAGAGAUGGGAAAGAUUGAGGACAAAAAUUCAAGUUUUGCUCUCAGCAGCUUACGUGCUUGUACCAUGGACCUGUUUUUUGCUGGAACUGAAACUACUACCACUACUUUACACUGGGGGUUUCUUUACAUGAUCUAUUACCCUCACAUACAAGAGAGAGUCCAGGCUGAGAUCGAUGCUGUGAUUGGUCCAUCCAGACAGCCCUCUCUGAGUGACAGAGAAAACAUGCCCUAUACCGAUGCUGUUAUUCAUGAGAUACAGAGAAUGGCCAACAUCGUCCCCCUCAACGUGGCUCGUAUGGCAACCAAGGACACUACAGUGGAUAAGUUCACGAUCCCAAAGGGCACCAUGAUCCUGGCUACCCUGGACUCAGUCCUACAUGAUGAGUCGAUGUGGGAAACGCCACACUCUUUCAACCCUCAACACUUUCUGGACAAAGAUGGUAAAUUUCGAAAGAGAGAUGCCUUCCUUCCAUUUUCUGCAGGUAAGCGUGUGUGUCUUGGAGAACAGCUGGCUCGGAUGGAGUUAUUUUUGUUUUUCACUUCCAUGCUGCAAAGGUUCUCUCUCUCACCGCCUGUUGGAGAGCAGCCCAGUCUGGAGUUUCAGCUGGGAGGAACUCGUUAUCCCAAACCUUACCGUCUGUGUGCUGUACCGCGUUAAUCCACCUGGUUGUGUCUUUUUCUCAGCACAAUGAAUUACUGUCUUCCAUCAUAGUUUUUGUAUAAUUAUUUAGAAUGCUACAUUAUUUUCAUCCUACAGCAUCAGAAACAUCUUACCCCAGAGAACUUUCCAGUAAAUCUUUUGCAUUCAACUUACUGUAAUUUUUAACUAUAAAAAUUAAAUAUUCUUUACUAUAACAGGGUUUGUACGGGUGCUGGAAACCCUUGAAAAUGCCUGGAUUUUAAUAUUGUCCUUUCAAGGUUUGAAAAGUGCUUGAAUUUUGGAUAAAGUGUCCAAAACUGCUUGAAAUUGUAACCAUUUAAAAAAAUAAAUAAAAAUCUAUCAGAUUAAAUAGUUCCACCCUCUGUGUUGAAGCGAGGUCCGGGCGAUGCUGUAGCAUACAACGGUAUGCAGGAUGAUAACGGUAACUGUAUGUACACAAAACACGGACAGCAGAGUUUUCAGGUUUCCAAAAAGUGAUUUCUGAUUUUUAUUUUAAUGUAUUAUCUUUGCUUACAUCAGUAAAUAGAAUGGGGCGCAGAGGACUCAUGAAGGGCUUAAAUAUAUAAA